AUGGUAGUCUCCACGGCGCAGCCGGCCGCGGAGACUUCAUUCUGCAGCGUUCUCCGCGCGCUCCCGAGUGGCUCUGGCCCUGCCCUACAGGACAUCCGCGAGAAGAGCGUGAUCUCGCCCUACGCGAACACCGGCGCCUACAUCUUCAAGAGCGCCAAGGCGUUCAAGGCCGCCGCGGAGGACAUCCUCAGCGCCCCCGAGGAGGCGGCGAAGACCGGGCUGUACGCCUCCAUCCUGAUCUCGUCCAUGCUCGCGAAGGGGGUCGGCGCCGUCUGCGGCGCCGCCACGUCUUUCCCGCGACGUCGGUGGGGUGCGUACGGAUCGAGCGCAGUCAAGCAGGAUCACAAGGAUGAGUAA